AUGCAGAAAUCCAUCGUCGUCCAAAAGGUAUCAGAGCCAGUCAGGCUGGUUGAACGACCUAUCCCUGAGCCGGGGGAUAAUCAGCUUCUACUGCACGUAACAGCCACUUCAUUGAACCCGGUUGACCAAAAGACGCGUGACGUGGGGUUAUUCUCUAAACAAGGCCCUCAAGUAUUGGCUCAUGAUAUCGCCGGCCGAGUGAUCAAACUGGGACCCAAGCAAGAAACAUCUCAAUUCCACGUGGGAGAUGUUGUUUUCGCACACGCCAAUCUUGUGCCAGGAGCAGUGAUCGAUGACUACGGCGGUCUUCAAGAAUAUGCCAUCGUGGAUUCUCGAUACGCCGCCAAGAGUGACGAUGCAGGUCUGACAGACGCCGAGGCAGCCACGAUACCCGUAUGCGCGAUGGCAGGAUUUAUUGCCUUUUUCCACAGUACUGGAUUCGGUCUACCUAUCCCGGACGGUAUCUUCCAAUCAGCACAGGGCUCUACUUGUAGCAAAGCCAUCCUCAUUGUUGGCGGCGGGUCAAAUUGUGGUCGCUUUGCUAUCCAGUUUGCCAAAAUGUGUGGAUUCGAACAGAUCAUCGCCACGGCGUCUCCGGGGAGAUUCGCUGAGCUGCAAGAGUUAGGUGCGACACAUGUGUUCGACCGACAUGCCAAUCGUGACGAGAUCGUACGUCAAAUUCGAGCCAUUACGGGUGAUGAUCUGAUCUUCGCCCUCGACACGAUGAGCCUUGGAUCUGAACAAGACACUGCACUCGCUGCACUGUCGAACUCGAAAAGAGGGUGCUUGAUAACUCUCAACCCGGUCAGCGAGUCAGAGCCCGAGCCGACUCUUAUUGGCGACAAAACGGCCGGGUAUGAUCGGCGUUUAACAAUCGGUCUGAGUGCACUGUACCCGGAAGUAUCGCGGGUGUUUUGGAGGCGUGUUUCUUCAUGGGUGCAGACAGGCCAGUUGCGCCCGUUGAAAUUUAAGGUCUUGGAGGGAUUGGAUGCGGAGAAAGUUAAUCAAUUACUGGAUGAUUAUCGCAAUAAACAUGGGCAGAAAGUGGUGGUCCGACCUUGA